AUGUUAUUGCACGCACACGAGAGAUGGAGAGCGGCGGCGAGGCGGCGGGGGCGGGGGCAGCCCCGGAGACUGCUGCGCGCUACUCAACUCUUUGCUGACGGCGCUGGGCUCCCUGCGGUCGACGGGCGCCGGUGCUUAAUAUAUUAUUAUUAUUAUUAUUAUUAUUAUUAUUAUACAAUAUGUCGCAAGAGAGAGAGAGAGAGAGAGAGAGAGAGAGAGAGAGAGAGAGAGAGAGGAGGACAAAGGGAGAGAGAAGAGAGACGUUGCAUACCCUAA